AUGUCAACAAACCGUCCUCGCCACAAACACAUUGACGACGUUGAAAGGCUCGACUAUUAUGAGCAAGCCAGAGAUGAACAGCUUUCCAAGUACAUCGCCGUUAAAGUCGGCGCCGCUUCAUCCAACCACAAGGAAAUCGACAUACUCAACCGCCUUGCCAACCAUCCUGCUGGAGAGAGGUGUCUCGGUAGAGUCCGGUUCCCACCCGUACUCGAUCGCUUUAACGUUCAUGGGCCAAAUGGAACCCAUCCCUGCUUCGUCACGGUACCAGCCAUGUCCAGUCUUGCUGUCAGGACCCCUGCGGAGCCACCAAGGGCGUGCCAAGCUAAGGGGCUGGCUAGGGAGCUAAGGGCCCGGAGAGAACGUAUAUAUAGGCUGCGGAGGGCCCCCCAAGCUGCGGAGGGCCAGAAUUCAGAUACCAAUGUUGCCAGGUCUAUUCCUGCACAUCUCGCCAUGGCUGUGGCACAUAUGCACAGCGUAAGAUGUGUUCACAGCGAUCGUCACCUUGGAAACCUCCUCCUUCAAAAUACCGGCAGGGAUAGAUGA